GUGUGUGUAUACUUUAAACAUUUUUUGUAUCAUAUAUAUAUAAAGGUCAACCAUGUUGAUAUUUACUCAACUUUUGAUAAUCUGGAAAUUUUCCGAGAUCAACACUUGUGGUGAAGAGACUAUUGCUGAUAAAAGUUAUCCUGUAAAUAAUUGUCGUAGAUUAAAGAAGGACGACAACAUAAAAACUGCAGCCGAGGAACUUUUUAAAUUGAUGGAUGAAAACCCAUUAGUGUGUCCAAAUGAUCGGGUAAACGACUACAAAAUGAUGAUCAAAAAGAGUUUACCUACAAAAUCGAGAACUAUAAAACAUAAAGAUGUGAAACUUGUUAAAAAAAAACAAAAAGAUGAGGAGCAAAUCAAUUGGGAUGUGCCGGCUGAUAUGCCUAGUGGUACCAAAUACAACUUUUAUUCUUCUAGCUGCAUACCUAAAAAAACUCUUCAAAAUACCUUCUAUAAUCUGUGUCAAGAAUGUAGGCAUAGGCUUACAUUGCCGUAUAAGUACAGUCCACAAGAUUUUAGUUUUAUAACUUGUCAAGACCAAACGGGCUCUACUACUUGCCUACAAAAUGAAGGCAGCUGCGUAAGAAAUAAUGUCGUAUAUGACGUGAUGUUCACAGAUAGAGGAAACAAAUCUAUUCGAUAAAUUUCUAUACCAACUUCUUGUUCUUGUGAACUUAAAUCUGACUCAACGUUUGUUAAUCGAAUUGUAUAAACUAAAAAGAUAAUAAACUUUUGUAUUUGUU